ACAAGGUCCAGGGCAACGUUUUCUUUUGGCGAUGCCCCUCCGCGCCGGACGCCGAUCCAACAGGGGCGUCCCGGUUCCUGGCCCUUUAAAACGCGUCGCACACCACGCCACCCGUCCACCAACCAACCAGCCCACCAUUCGGAUCGUCCAAUCGAGAGCCCGCAGCGCCGCCUUCUCGAGUCUGACCAGGGCUCGCCACGAGGGUUUAGCUACUUGCGCCGCCGCCGCCGCAAUGGUCACCUGCAACUUCGACCUGCUGGAGCUCGCGGACGGCGAGUCCGGGGAGGCCGCUAUCUCCGUCGUCGUCGGCAAGAAGAAGACCGAGGCAGCCGCUGCCAAGCUCGCCGACGCCGCCGACCCCGUCGAGACGGCCGCCCACGGGAAGCCCAAAUACUCCUACUUCACCAAGCUGCAGCACGAUAAUGGUGUAACAAAGUGUCAGCAAGAGCUGAAAAGGUUGAGGGAGGUUCUAAUAAAACUGAGGGAGGAGGAAACAAAGUUGAAGGAGAAGCAAGGGAAUGAAGACCGUAUCAAGGAUUUGUUCGAGGAGCAAAGGAGACUGAGGCAGGAGCAGAGGAAACUGAGGAUCGAGGAAGCCAUAUUAGUGCCUCAAAGAAAAGCUUUCUACGAGGAGCAUAACAUUCCUUUGGAGGAGGAUGAGAGGAAGAAACUCAACAAUUCCAAUUUUACCAAUGCAGAAUCUGGCAGCAAUUAUGAAGGCGUUAAUGGCAAUAUCUACAACAAUAAUGAUGGUGGCAACUGUGGGGACAAUGACCAGAUGUGUGAUGGUGGUGAGCACUACUCAUAUGGACAUAAUGAGAGGCAGGUUGAGAGAGUUCAGGGUAAAUACAACAAUGGUGAGAGGCAGGGAAAUCGUCAAGGCCAGCCCAGGAUGAAGAAGGUGUAUGUGCGCAAGGUGAAGGCAUCCUCUGAUGCUGGAACAGAGGCUGAGGAAAGGCCUGAAGAGAAUGUAGUGUGUGCUAGCGCGACAGAUCAAAAGGAGGCCAAUGCUGAUAAUGGCGAUGCCGUGCCUGCUUCGGAAUCAGACAAGUCUGUUGGGGGUGCUACCAAAGAUGGUCCUCACAACGGACAAGGUGCCAGCACCGGAGAAAGGACAAUUUUUCGAAAGGAGAGACUCAAUGGCUCUGAGAAGAGGAAGAAGAAAAAUGCUAAGAAAAGCAGCGGCAGUGAGACGGAGAAGGCAAAGAAGCAAGAUUUUGAGGUAGAUGGUUCGAAGAAACAGAUUGAAAAGCAACCACUGGAAGAAGAGAAAAAGACCCUUGCUGAGUAUGAGAGGAUGCGUGAGGAGACAAAGAAGUUCUCAGAGACCUUAAAAACUGAGGUGAGGAAGGUCACUGCUGAAGAAUUUAAGGGCCUGCAGAUGUUGGCAAAAAAGAAGCUGGAUCAUGAGGAAGCAAUCAUGAAGGCAGAAAAGGCUCAGCCCAAGGUUAAGGAUGCUAGCAAGAAGGAAGAAACGGUUGAGGCAGAUGGAAAGGAGACCACUGCAAAGGAUGCUAAACCUAAGAAGGUUACUGUCCCCCGCCAAAACCUUGGGUUCAGACCGCCAAAGCGUGUCUCUUAUGACCAUGAAGAUGGCUCUUCUGUUCGUGGUCGCUUCAAUGGCCCUUUUCAGGGUGGCAGCCGUGACAACAGCACCAAGAACGAAGCUGCCAUCCAAAAUGGCAAUGGUGCGUCAAGGGUCUACAAUGGCCGAGGCGACGACGCUCCGAGGGGCGACUACUCCAGUCGCCGCAACGAGUACAAAAUGGGCAACGAUGGCUAUGGCUACGGCAGGGGCAACGGCGGUUACCAAGGCAAUGGAGGCUUCCAGCAGCAGGGUGGCAAUGUUGGUAGAUACCAACAGGAGCGCGCUGGUAAUGGUGGCUACUACCCGCAGCGGCAGAGGCAGGCAGCCAAUGAUAGGUACCGGGAGUGCAGCAAUUCUGCGCCGGCGCUGGACGUCGAGGAUGUGUCCAAGUUCCCUGCGCUGUCUGAACCCACCUCGGCUCGAUCUGCUGCACCGGCCCCUGUACCCGCGUCAGCCCCGGCUGAGGUUUCUGCUCCGGCUUCAGCUUAACUCUUCAGAUUAGUUUCCCUUUUAAUUUUAGGUGAGAGAUGGACAGAUGAACGUGAGGAAAGUCUUAUGAAAUUUUGUAACAG